AUGCGGGCCGUCAUCCUCGCCCUUGCCGUGGCCGUCGCCGCUGGCAACCUGAUUGUGAACCCGAGUUUUGAAGACCCCGACACCUCCACUUGGUCUGAGGUGGCUACGGGUUGGACCCUUAGCACCGGCAACAAUGGCCAGGGCGUGUUCAAGCCCGGAGCUGGCGCCUACACUGAUCCCGUUCCCGAUGGCACUCAGGUGCUUUUUCUCAAGCCUUCCAAGUUUGCCCGUCAGACCUUCAACCUGGUCGCUGACGCCAACGAGAACUGCUACCUCAACUUCUCCGUCGGUCGCCGCCUCGAUAUCGCCUUUGUCAGCUCAGUGACCGUCCUCAUGGCCACUACCGACAACCUUGAGACCUUCAUCACGGACUCAUUCACGGCCAGCGACAUUUCGCUCGCAGCCGGUGAAUUUGUUGAAGUUUCGUACUCCUUUCAAACCAGCACCGCCGUCAACACAGCGGUUCAGCUCGAGUUCUCCGCACCUGGCUCUGUGAGCAAUGUGCAGGCCAACUUUGACGACGUCGUCUUCUACUGCGGCGCCGCGCCCACCACCACGACUCCUGAGCCCACCACCACGACCCCCGAGCCCACCACCGCGAGCCCACUCGAGCCCGAGUUUGCCAUCAACAACGAUUGCGUCGAGCUUAUCCUGAACCCCAGCUUUGAGACCCCGGACGUGGCCACUUGGAGCAACGUCGCCACCAACUGGACCCUCAGCUCGAGCCGUGCCGGAGACCAGGGUACCUACAACCCCGGUCUCACUCAAUACGACGAGCCCAUCCCCGACGGCACUCAGGUUCUCUUCUUGAAGCCCGGAGCAUGGGCCACGACAACCACCCUGGUCAACGCACCCGCCGAUGAGCAGUGCAGCCUUGCUAUCAGCGUGAGUCAGGCCAAUGCUCUAUUUGGCGCUCGUCCGCACCUGCCGAUUGGCAAGCGCCACGACCACGCCUUUGUGCCUUCGGCCACGCUGACUGUGACAGAUGCCAGCAACACCAACACCUUUUUGACCCAGACGUUCAACCAGUCUUCCAUCGGUCUCGUGUCCGGCUCCUUUGUGCGCCUUCAGUACGACUUUACCUCGACUGGUGCCUCGGGCUCGGAGCCUUUUACGAUCCGCAUUCAGGCCAACGGCGCUUUCGCCAACGUCCAAGCCAACUUUGACCAUCUCCAGCUGGCCUGCCCCUCGUUCUGCACCGAGUACAUUCCCGACACUUGCUUGUAUGGCGUCGAAGAGCCCAGCUUUGAGAAUGGCUUCCAGGAUUGGGAGAUUGAGGGUGACGUUGACCGCGUGAGCGUGUCCAGUGGUGCCUUCCCCGUGUCUGGCGCCGCGGAUGGCAGCUAUGUGCUGACGGGUACCAAUGCCAGCCUCUAUGCGCCCACUGCCGUCCCUCGCGACAUUUACUCUCUCGUUGAGGUGUCUUUCAACGCCGGUGCCCUGACCACUGACAACGCCACCGGCUACAUUGUCGUGUUCCUCACGGACGGCGAUGGCGUUGACCUGGCUGCCGAGACGGUCAUCCCCGCUGAUGUUGAGGACACCUCCAACUUUGUGCUGGCCUACUACGAUGAGUUUGGUGCCACCGAUGCUUACUAUGGCGUGCGUAUCGAGUUUGUCGACGACAACAGCAUGCUGUACAUUGACAACAUCUGCCUCAGCGUUACGGAUGUCACCCCUAAGAGCAGCACCUCUACGUCUUCGUCUACCUCUACCGAUCCCAUCACUGUCGACGUCUUCAGCGGAUCGUUCGGUGACUGUGAGCCCCCAUCACCAGCCCUCUCUUUUGAGAAUGAGGACAUUGGCGAUGGUGAGGCCUUUGUCAUGCCCAACGGCACCAGCGCCGACGAUUGGUUUUACACCAGUGAGGGCAUUACCUUCAUCUAUGAGAACCCUGCCCUUUUCUCGAGCGACUUUGACAUGGCCGCCCACAGCCAGACUUUUGGUUAUUUCAACGCCUCAGAGGCCGCCGGCGCUGGUAUCUACACCAUGUACAACUUCGACUACGUUGGUCUUUCCACCUACUCAAUCAACUACUGGGUCGCCCGUCGUGAAUCCACGAGCCCCAACUCUGGUCUGCUGAUCGAGUUCCGCGACGGCGACAACAACUUGAUUGCUGCCAACGCCAUCAGUGCAUCUAGUCUCACCCUCAACGAGUGGACCGCUCAACAGCUCAACUACACCUUUGAGCGUGGCACCGACUACAUUGGCGAGUCACUCCGCAUUGGUAUUCGCGCGACUGGUCUGGGCGAGUCGCCCGUCAUCGACGCCAUCUUUGUGUGCUUUGGCGGCAUGACCUCUUCGUCGACCUCAACUUCGACCUCGACCUCGACCUCGACUUCGACCUCUUGCCAGAACCACUUCCAAGCUUGCGUUGGCCAGGAGCUCCUGGAGCCCUUUUACGACUAUGAUGCGUGGGCCAGCUGCAUCGUCGAUGGCGGCUACCACUCGGCCUCAGCCGCGUCGGAUCUGGAGAAUAAUGUGUGUGGUUGCCCCACAAGCGUCAGCACCGCUGGAACUGCCGAGGAUGCCCUGUUGGACAUGCAUCUCAUGUUCAAGUGCUGGUACAAGUGCGCCACUAGCCUGAGCGACGCCUGCUACACAUCCAGCUCCACCUCGACAACCACCUCGACCUCGACUUCGACCUCGACCUCCACGACCACGUCUACCUCGACCGACACAACGACCAGCACCUCGACGUCGACUUCGACUUCAACCUCGACGUCAACUUCCACCUCCACCACGCUCGACUUCUGCGAAGAGAUGUGCAUGCCUGGCUUUGCCAACAACCGCGUGGAUGUGGAUAGUGCCAUCGCUGGCGCCACCAACGUGGCCAUGGGUGACCUCGACAACGACGGUCUGGAGGACCUGGUCGUCUCCGCCAUCGAUUCCAACCAAUUUGUCAUCUACUUUGCCAACGGAGACGGCACAUACGAUUCUCAAGUCCUUGACACUCGUACGGACGGUCGCGACACCGGUAUUGCCGAUUUCGACUUGGAUGGCGAUCUCGACAUUGUGACUGCUUCGCGCUCUGGAACCCCUAACGUUCGCGUCUUUGAGAACACCGGCUCACGCAGCUUUGCUGCCGCCUACGACUUUGCUCUUCCCGACAGCAUCAACGUGGGUGUGGCUGACUUCAACAACGACGGCCUUCCCGACUUUGUCACGUUGGCCCGUGCAUCAAGCCAGAUUGUGCUCUUCACCAACGAUGGCAGCUUCUCCUUUACCGAGACUGUCAUGGCCAACUUCACGGGUGCGGGUCCCUUCCACUUGACCACUGGUGACAUUGACAACGACGGCGACAUGGAUAUUGUGGUUGCCUCGACUGACUCACCCGUGGGUGGUGCCGGUCUUGUUAUUCUGGAGAACAUGUGGGAUGGCUCUACCGUUUCAUUCGGCCAGACCGUGCUCUCUCAGUCCACCUCCAACCCCCGUGGCGUUCGUCUUGUUGACUUUGACAUGGAUGGCGACCUCGACCUCUUUGUUGCGGCGCUCAGCGACAACGGCGUCUGGUUCUUUGAGCAGAUUGCCCCCGGCGAGUUUGACAACGGCACGAAGAUCUUUGUUGAUGCCUACACGGCGACCUUUGUUGACGUUGCUGAUGCGGACCGCGAUGGCAUCCCCGAUGUGAUUGUUGCCGCUCGCUCGUCCUCCACCGUCUUCCUCCUCAACGGCACUGACAUUCAGACCGCCAUUGUGACGGGCAAUCCCAUUUCCUACUUUGCGGCGACCAUCAUUGCCGACGAUCUUGAUAACAUCCGCGCAUCGCGCUUCCUCGACGUGGAUGGCGAUGGCGAUCUUGAGAUUGUGACUGCUGCCAAGGGCUCGGGCAUGCUUUCCAUCUUCUACAACGACUGCUGCAACGUGCCCAGCGAUGGCGUGCCCAGCACUUCCUCCACCACGACCACGACCACGACCACGACGACGACCACCACGACCACCACGACCACCACGACCACCACCACCACGACGACGACGACCACCACGACGACGACCACCACCACCGUGGCUACCACCGUGGAUGAGUGCCCUGUGCCCGAGGGUGGUUGCACCUCCGAGCCCCUGGUGCCCCAACUGGCUGCUGGUGACGCUUUGGGUGCCCAUCACGUGCAGGCCGCCGACAUGGAUGGUGACGGCAUCUUGGAUGUUGUUGUGGCCGAGUCCAGCGGCAACCGUGUGCGCUGGUACAAGGUUCAGGCUGGCUUUGCCGUCGUUGCUACUGAUGUCUACGAUCUCGGCUCGGCCAGCGGCGGCGAUCCUCGUUCCAUCCAGGUGGCCGACUUUGAUAAUGAUGGCGACAUGGAUGUCGUCAUUGUCUGGCAAGGCGUGCACUACGUCACUGUCCACUACAACGACGGCGCCGGUGUGUUCCUUCCUGGCGACUGGAAGACGGUCGACAGCGAUCUCGUCAAGCCCUUCAACAGUGCUACGGGUGAUCUCAACAACGAUGGCUUCAUGGACAUUGUCGUGACGGAUCGCGGUAGCGACAGCAUCAUCAUCUACUACAAUGAUCAGACUGGUGACUUCACGGCCUCGGGCAUCAUCACGCAGGUCGACGGUGCGUACGGCGUUGAGCUGGCUGAUGUAGAUGGCGAUGGCAACGUGGAUAUUGUCGCCGGUCUUCGCAACAGCGACGUUGUGGCCGUCUUUUACAACAACUUUGUUUCGGGCAGUGGUCUGUCCUUCUCUCGUGCCAUCAUCAGCCAGACGACGGCCUGCGACGACCCUCGCUCCGUGUCUGUUGGCGACAUCAACAACGACGGUCUCAUGGAUAUUGCAGCCGUGUGCAUGGCUAACGGCCAGGUGUACGCUCACUACCAGGGUGUCAGUGGCGACUUUACUCAGGUCCAAGUUGCCUCGGGCCUGGACCAGCCCUUCACCAUCGAGAUGGGUGACCUCACCAAGACCGGUCUGCUCAGCAUGGUGGUGGGCGACCGCAGCUCGGGCGACCUCAUCCAAUUCGACCAGUAUCCCGCGGGCAACUUCACGUCGACGGUGCUGGCCGGCACCGCCUCCUCGAACUGGCGUGAUGUCACCAUUGCCGACUUUGAAGGUGAUGGUGACUUGGACAUCUUCGCUGCCUCAGCCGGCGAGGAUCUGAUCCAGAUGGUCCUGAGCACGUGCUGCGUGUAA